AUGUCUCCUACUAUUUACCUUGUCUCUGGUUCUAAUCGUGGAAUAGGACUUGGCCCAGUCACCCAGCUCGCAGCCCGUCCAGACACCAUCGUGUUUGCCGGGGUGCGUGAUCCUGGUAAGGCGACUUCUCUUCAAGCACUCGCCGCCCAGCAUCCCAAAACUUUCUAUGUUAUCCCUCUGAUAUCUGCCGAUGAGGCCAACAAUGCCAACGCCAUAUCUCAGAUCCAAUCGAUCACGGGCAGGCUGGACGUCGUCGCCCUUGAACAUCAACGGGUGAACUACAUCGGCCCACUGGUACUGUUCAAGGCUGCCUGGCCCCUGUUGGAGAAGGGUGAACAUCCGAAAUUUGGUAUCAUCAGUAGCUUGGCGGGGAGUAUUGCCGUUGGUGCGGGCCUGGAUUCAGGCUUACUUGCAUAUGGUGCUAGCAAGGCUGCCGUGAAUUAUUUGGCGGGGAAGAUCUGGCAAGAGCACAAGAAUCUCGUGGUUGUUCCCAUCAAUCCAGGUGGUGUGGCGACGGACAGCAGCCUUUGCCCAGAAGAACGAUCCACUUAUGGCGUCCAUGUCGCUUAUCACUAUCGAGGAGAGCGCGACGGGUAUCCUUAA